AUGACCUAUGCCAAGCGCAACAUUCUCCAAAACAAUCUCAAAUCCCGGAUACGUCCUCUUCAAACCCAGCCAAAUGAUCCACUGGUACCUCUUGACGCGUUUGGCCUCAAAAGCAUUGACUUUACUAUCUGCAACCCGCCAUUCUACUCUUCUACCUCCGAUCUCCUGUCGUCAGCCGCCGCAAAGUCCAGGCCACCAUGCUCAGCCUGUACAGGUGCUGAUGUUGAGAUGGUCACACCUGGAGGCGAGAUUGCAUUUGUGAGCCGGAUGAUCGACGAGAGUAAGGUACUCAAGGACCGCUGCCAAUGGUACACUAGCAUGCUAGGGAAAUACAGCAGCGUUGAGAUUGUUGUUGGGAAUCUGAGAGGCGCGGGUGUCGACAAUUGGGCGGUCAAAGACCUGGUGCAAGGGAAUAAAACGAGACGCUGGGCUGUAGCAUGGAGCUGGGGAAGUAUGCGGCCAAGUCACGACGCUGCAAGAGGUACCUCUACACUUCCCAAGCAUCUACUUCCUUUUCCUUCAGAGUCCUCGUUUACUGUCGAGACAUCAAUCGAGAGCUGUUCACAUUGUCUGAACGCCACGCUUCAAGCGCUUGAACUACGAUGGCAGUAUCGCCCAAUUAUGGCGACAGGGGUUGGCUUUGCCAAAGGAAGUGUUUGGUCCCGAGCAGCGAGGCGCAAGCAGCAACAGAGUCCUACCGACUCUGUGGAAAAAGACCAGGCCAUGGAUCAGGAUGAUGAAAAUGGCGAACCAGCCCUCGGCUUCAAAAUUCAGCUAAGGAAGGAGAAUGAGGGUGGAGUUGGAGUCAUGGUCCGAUGGUUGCAGGGCAGAGACAGCGUGCUUUUCGAGAGCUUUUGUGGAAUGCUGAAACGGCAGCUCAAGGCAUCAUGA